CCCCUGGUGAGUCGAGACGUGGAGCUGACGUCACAAUACCGCGGGACCCGGAUGCGCGAAGCCGGAAGUCAACGGAUAACGUCAUCGGCGGCGGUCACGAUUUUUCUUCUCCGUCGAAACUGGAAGAAGAAAGAAAAGAAAAGCUCCAUUUUUCAUUCCUCUUCGCUCCGCAAACAUGUCUCUGUUCGGCAAGUGGUUCGGCACCGGUGGCGGCGGAGGCAAGGGCGGCAAGGCGCCGACACCCCAGGAGGCUGUCCAGAAACUCCGAGAGACCGAAGACAUGUUGACCAAAAAGCAGGAAUUCCUCGAGAAGAAAAUCGAGCAGGAGAUCGUGACGGCCAAGAGGCACGGCACGAGAAACCAGCGAGCGGCGCUGCAGGCCCUGAAGAGGAAAAAACGCUACAGCAAGCAGCUGGAGCAGAUCGACGGCACCCUCUCCACCAUCGAGUUCCAGAGGGAGGCGCUGGAGAACGCCAACACCAACACGGAAGUUCUGAAGAACAUGGGCAUGGCCGCCAAGGCCAUGAAGACCGCGCACAAAGAAUUGAACGUGGACAGCGUGGACGACCUGAUGUCGGACAUCAUGGAGCAGCAGGAGCUGGCGGAGGAGAUCACGAGCGUCAUUUCCAAUCCGAUGGGAUUCGGCGAUCAAUGCGACGAGGAUGAGCUCAUGGCCGAGCUGGAGGAGCUGGAGCAGGAAGAGCUGGACAGGAACCUUCUGGAAGUGGAAGGCACGCCGGACGUCACCCUGCCGAGCGUCCCGUCCGUCUCGCUGCCGUCCGGACCAGCCAAGAAGCGGGAGGAGGAGGACGAGGCGGAAAUGGCCGACCUGGAGGCCUGGGCUACCAACUGAACUCAAGCGGGCCGACGGGGGACCUCAGGGGUGCUCCCCGGCUGGCCGUCACCCCCGAAGUCUGCGCUCGUGCCGGCCCGCGUCUCCAUCGGAGCGCACCGGUGCAUACUUUCCGGGGGUGGGGGACAGUCGGUGUGACCAAUCAGCUCAUUUGUGUACCGUAAGGUGCUUCCACCCAAAACCCAACCAAUGGCGCCGCUCGCUCGGAUAUUCGGGCUCCUUAUGUUGUUUUGAAAAGAAGAAAAGACAUUUCGCUGGCACGCGGAAGCCAACGUCCCGUCCUGACUUUUGGACAGGUUUUAUCAUCUCGCGCUUCAAGUUCAAGUUGUGCUGCUCAAUAAACGAAUGCUGCCAGACUCAAACGGGCAAAAAGAAGUCGCUUGAUUGGAGGAGGCGGCAGCGGACCGGCGCCACUCGCGCCUCCACACGCCCCCGUUGAAGACGGACGCCGCCGAGCGCAUCGCGUGACGUUGCGUGUCUGUGAGUGCUUUUGCCGUCCCGUCCGUUUUGGUAGCGCUAAAAGGACAUUCAAAUGAAUGCCUUGAUAUUUGGAACUAAUAAUUCAUUUGUUUGGAAUUCGUUAAUCGCGAUCCAUGCGUUGAAAGUCCCACCCCUUAACUGUGUGUGCGCGCGUUUCACAUUUGUGUCUUUCUGUUAACCCGUUGAAAUGAAAAUUGUGUGUGAUUAAGCGUUUUUGUAUUUGUGUGUGUGUGCCUUUUUAUGGGUUUUGUGUGCCACAUGUUUGCUCGGGUUUGAGCGUGUGUAAAAAGUGGCGUCCAGGAUGGGAUUUAUCGCCGAGGUUCCGUCUUGUCAAUAAGUGACCCGUGUGGGGUGAAACAUUUGCCACGUUGCGAUUGGUUCGUCCUUCGCGUAAACAAGGUCAAGGUCCAAUCGCGUUGCAGCGCAACGAUGCACUGAAGCGGCGCCGUUCGAGUUCAUGUUGGAGUUAAAAAAAAAAAAAACUGUCCGCUUAUUCUUGCUCCUUUUUUGCUGUUUACUGUUUGAAUAUACAUUUGAUGUAUGUAAAGUAGUCCCCCCGCCCCCAAAAAAAGAAUAAUGUUUUUUAAUUAAAUGAAGGCUAAAUUAAUGCAUUAUAUUUAUCAUACAUUCACAUUUUAAAUUGUACUUGUAAAUUAAUUUUCGUAAUCAACCAUUCAUGUAAUA